AUGCCGGGCCACGCGAAUAGUCCAUAUUGGGCGGCUGUGGAUUUCGAUAGCGAAGGGGAAGAAGAAAAGAAUCCCCCGCCAAGUAACCGUGUUUACCUCGAUCCUUGGGAUAACGACGCCUUUGGGAUGUUGCAAGGAGAGUCCCCGGAUUCCAGCACAGAACAAAUUAACUCCUUCGCCGGGGAACCGGUCAGCGCCAGUUUCUACUACGUUCCAACUAAGACUUACGAUUCUGGGGAGGAGCCGAAACCGAACAAACGCACUCUGUUCCCAGAGGAUAUGGUCACGCCUGAUUAUUCUGUUUACGGGCGGAGACCCUCCAGACAUGUGAUGCCUGAAUACAGCGAUCGCGACAUGCCGAUCUACGGUCACAGACCAAUACCGGAACGCAGAAGGUCAAUGUACAUCGAGGAGCCAGUAUACGUACCUGUGCCUCACCCCAAGGUGUAUGAAAGUCUCUACGGACCGGUGCCGAUGCCAAAUCCAUACAUGCAUCCUCCGAGACCGCGUAUGUCUCUUCAACAUCAGCCUGAGUACGUGAUGGGGAAUGGUUACGGCAAGCAGCGAAGACAUUCAAGGUUGACAGAAGCGUACGAGCAAUACGCGUACGAAACCCUGUCACCAGAAUAUGAGGACUGGGCGCGACCAAUGCCGAAAACAGCACCGGACAACUUCCAUCUAUCCAGAUAUGGGCACCUUCAAAUCGACUACUCUUGCAGUUGGAACUCUCUUGACAGAAUAAUUCGGAACCAAUGAAAAAUAUUGCAUUUCAUUACAUAGCUUGCUUACUUAUAAAAUCUGGGCAGGGCUUUUCAGUGCAAUUCUGAUUUAACUAUACAAGGAUUUUCACCGAUAAACCCUGCAAAGGCAAAAAUAAAUUUUUAUCACAAAAAAAAUGUGAUCGAAGAAAAAUGCCUUUAUACAUAAAAACUUAAUAUGAAGACCAAAAAAUAGGUAGGUAUCUAAAAAGAGUAUGAACUAUUCAUACCUACUAAAAAAAGUAGCUAUAGCCUAAAGCAAAAAAAAAAAUUGAAAGAUUGUUUCAUAAUUGUAAUUUUGCUACAUUAUAGUGUAUUCAGAAAUGCAAUAGAUAUUUUAAAAUCUAUUUUAACACGUAUUCCAAUAUAAUUGUUAUUUUUAUUACCUUAUGUAUGAAAUUAAUUAUAGCUAUUUGUAUCUUAACGGUAUUUUUAUCUUACUUAUACCGUUUCGAUAACUCAAUAAAAAUUUAUCUUAGUAGAUGGGUUAUUUUUCUUUGCAAAAGUUACUUAUUUUGUAUAAGUUACUGUAAAUGGAAAACUAAUGAAACCAGUAGGUCUGGGAUUUUUUUAGUUUCUGGGAUAGGGGAAGUUUAGGUACCGUGAUACGAUUACCCCAUCUCCCCCUUUAACAUAACACAUAUUUCCAAAAGUAUUCAAAUGAUGUGUUUCAUAUUAUUUUCAGUGUGUAGCACAGGCGAGUAAAUGGUGUAGGUACUGUCAAUGUUAUCUAAUUUGAGUGAUUUCACUGUAAGACAUUUUACUACGCUGUUUAUUAUUAUAAUAAUAGGAUAUAUAGAUAUUAUAAAUAUUUCGUUCGGUUUGCUUUUGUUGCAUGUAAAGUUAAUUUGCGAUUAUACAAAUAAUAAUUAUUAAUUUAAGAAGACUGUAGCACUUGAUCGCUGAUGCAUAAUUGCAUAAUAAUUAUAUUUUAACAAACAGCUAAUGCAGCUUUGAUGAACGCACCUUGAACGUAAUCUUGUUUUUUUUGUCUACGUAAGCAAUGAACAAAGAGUUUUUAGCUGUUAAUAAUUAUUCGUUUAAUUAAAAAAAAAUGUAUAAGUACUCUUAAUUAAAGUAUUAUACUUGCAAUUAAUUAUUAGCAGUAGGUAAUAUAAGAAACAAAAUUAAAUUAGUAGUCUAAAGUAGUUCUCUGAGGCAAAGAUCUUUUUAUACCUAUUUCAGUAUUAGGGUUUAAGUAUUAUUAAUUAUUGUACUAGUUUAUUGGUUAAAUUAAUAAGUAGGCAUUGUUACCUACACCUUGACUGAGAUUCUUCACACUCGCUAUCCUCUCACUUCUGUGGAUAAUAUUGUACGCCUCAUAAGCGUAGCGUUGAGGUGGGUAUUACUGUCAGUUUUCGCACACCGAGUGAUUCUCCAACUUAAAAUGUUUUUUUGUUCCUUAUUGCUUUUAUAAGU